GAAAGCAGUCCUCUUUCGACGAUAGCUGACAACGCUGGGAAAUUCUCGUGUCAAAUCCCGCGACGAUGAGUACGCGCUCGGGACACUGCGAUCGCGAUUCCGCCAAGAAUUGUUCAAUAAAUAUUCCGACUCCACGAUUCGCUUGACUCGUACUGGCUCUCUUACGCACUCGCCAACGCUUUCCCCUCGGAAUAACUCGCUAUGCCGACUCACUUUUAAGCUACGAAACACCGCAAAUACUACAAAAAGUCAACGCCAAAAUGAAAUAUUACACUGCCAGCCUGCUCGAUAUUAAACAGCGAACAUUCCGGAGAGAAGAAACCGAGGCACAAGGAAUUAUCGAGGCACGUUCAUAAUAUCCCUCUCUUCUGUGUCGACGAAAGUAGUUCAACUCGUUUCAAGGUCACUGUCGCGCGGCGCGUGCUCUGUGAUUCAACUCCACACUUACUUCCCUCCACAUGUAUAUUCACGAGCGUAUACCCACGACUGUAGCAGCCACGUAUUUUCGGUGAGUCGGCUUCACUGCGAGUCCGAGUCCUUCAAGAUGGACCUCAUUCUCGACAUCAACAGCUGGCUCUAUCCCAUGGAGAUCGGUGACAAAUUCCGCCUGGUGUUAUCGACGACCUUGAGGGAAGAUGGAUAUCCGGACGGUGGGGAUUGGAACGCGAUCGAGCAGGAGGGUGGUUCGAGGGCUGAUAGUUUCGAGUACGUAAUGUCGGGCAAGGUUUAUCGGAUCGAGGGUGACGAGGCGAGCAACGAGCCCAGCAGUAGACUAUCGGCGUACGUUUCCUUCGGUGGGCUGCUCAUGAGGCUGCAGGGCGACGCCAACAAUCUUCACGGAUUCGAGAUCGAUCAACACAUGUACCUGCUCAUGAAGAAAUUAGCUUUUUAGACUCGCCUAAUGUACAAUUCCCGCGCGCGGUCGUUCGAUAAGAAAAAACGUCAACGCACACUUCAUGAUGUUGCAUACAUUUCGUCCGUGUACACGGAAACCAUUUUUACAAAGAAAGUUAAGAAAGGGUGAGAGAAAAGUAGCUCGUUCGGUUUCGAAACUGUUGAAAAACGUGGGAAGCUUUAUUCACGCAAGCGUUACUGAUUUUCUACUGGAUUAUCAUCAUUAUUAUUUCAAUGUCGAGAUGCGUGAUAGAUAUUCAUCAAAGAAACGAUUAGAACGCAACUUUGACGACGGGCGAGCGUGUACUAUAAAGCAUACCGUCAAAUGGGCGUUACUAUGCUCCUUGGAAUUUUUCGUGGUGGGGAAAACGCUCAAGGUCGUCGAUGUUACUCCAUCGUAAACAACGUCGUGGUACGGUGCAGACAGCGCCACGUUAGACCCGAUACGAAACGUCACUUCCCCUGUCCUAACAACUAUUGCGUGUCUAUAUUCAAGCUACGCUCUGAACGAAACUCGCGUUUAUUUGUGUAGCGUGUACGUAUGAUCCGCUCUUUGGUACACACACCAAGCGAGAAAGUUACAUCGAUAACGAACGCCCUUCCUUCGCCCUCUUUUCAGCAAGACAUUCCUUCGACCGCGUCAAAACUCCAUUUUCACUGCCAAUGUGCCAAUCGAGUCGCAUUGUGCAAUCUCGACAUGUUCACCACCGUACGAAUGAAUAAACGCAUUUUUUAAAUACAAA